AUGACGGAAGGCACUGGACCGGCAGCAACCCUCUGGGCAGAAGUGGGAGUGGAUUCUAGUAGAGGCAGAUCCAUAGUUACUGGAACUCAUGGAGGAUUUAUGGACCGUGACCUCUACAAGCAGGCAUCCCGAGGAGAUGUUAAUGGCUUCACUCAAGUUUUAGACAAAAUCUCUAGGGAAACCAACCUUCAUCGCUCAGAAAUUCUCGAGCAGGUUAGUCCCCAGCGCAACACAUGCCUUCACAUAGCUGCAAACUUUGGACACCGUGAUCUAGCCCGGUUCAUCGUGAAGGAGUGUCGGCACCUUAUCGCAGAGAAGAACUCCAAAGGCGACACUGCUCUUCAUAUUGCUGCUAGAAAAAAUGAUUCAACUUUGGUUAAGAUUGUGCUGGAUUCAUGCCAUUCUGGAGGCGGCGAAUCCUGGGAUAUAGAGAAGGCUGAGCCUUUGUUGCUGAGAAUUGUUAACGAAGAGAAAAAUACAGCGUUGCAUGAGGCGCUGAUAAACCAUUUCGAGGAGAUAGCCAUUGUCUUUAUUAAGGCUGAUCCCCAAGUGGCUUAUUAUCCGAAUAAAGAAAGGAAGUCUCCCUUGUAUCUGGCUGCAGAAGCAGGGUGUAUGGAUGUGGUUAAGGUUAUAGAAAAAUAUGCAGUUGAGGAAGACAUGAAAUAUUACAGAGAUCUCAAAGGCAAGCCGGCUGUGCAUGGUGCCGUUGCCGGAAGGAGCUUAGAGAUGUUAAAGAAAAUAUUAACCAUGGAGCACGUCCCCCACCAAACAGAUGAGGAUGGGAAGACUCCAAUUCAUUGUGCAGCGUCCCUCGGCUUCCUUGAAGGUGUGUGUUACCUAUUACAGCAACCAACCUCCUCCGAUAUAUACCAAAGGGACUCCAGUGGCUUCUGUCCCAUUCAUAUUGCAUGCAUGAGAGGUCAUGUGGCCAUUGUUAAGGAGUUGCUCAUUUUUUCGUCUGAUUCAAGAGAGUUGCUAAGCAACCACGGCUGGAAUAUUCUCCAUGUCGCAGCCAGGUAUGGUGGAGACAAUGUAGUCAGUUUUCUGCUCAAAGAAAAGGAGACUGAGAAGCUUAUAAAUGAGAAGGACAAUGAAGGGAACACCCCACUACAUUUGGCCGCCAUGCAUGGGCAUCCUAAGGUGGUAAACAAUUUAACAUGGGAUAACAGAGUUCACCUUAAUCUUCCUGACAGCCAAGGCAUGACAGCUUUAGACCUUGCUACGAAGCAUCUUUUGGAAUCUACUUCUUCAUUUUAUAAGACGCUAACUUGGUUUGCAUUGAAAUCUGCGGGUGCAGAAAAGGGUGAGAUUUCAAUACAGGUUGUACACGACCGAAAGAACAAGUCCCGUAGUUUAGAACGCUCCAAAGACUGGGUGAACACUCUUUUACUGGUGGCGACGCUUGUUGCCACCGUGACAUUUGCUGCCGGUUUUACAAUGCCCGGCGGCUACAACAACUCUGAUCCCAGCCAAGGUAUGGCAGUCAUGCUGAUGGUAAAACAGUUCCCGGCCUUCGUGAUAAGCAAUAAUAUAGCCAUGUACAGCUCCCUCAUUGUGGUCCUCAUCCUCAUCUGGACACAAGUCGGAGAUUUCGGUCUGGUUCUCACAGCCCUGAAAUUGGCCACCCCACUGUUGGGACUUGCGCUUGCUGCAAUGUCGUUGGCCUUCAUAACAGGUGUUUACCUGGUGGUGAGUGAUCUUCAUUGGCUAGCCAAUCUUGUUUGCAUUAUGGGGGGUAUCUGCCUUGUCCCCAUCAUAGCGCUCUAUGUUUCAUUCUUACUCCUGGGUUCCUAUCGCAAUCGUAUCAUCCGUUACAUCUGUUACUACCCAUUUUGUCUAAUGAUAUUUCUAGCUGGAACCGUAGAACCAGUGCUUCACUCUCGUUGA